CUUAUUUUGUGCCAUGUCUCUUUGAAAGACCAAAGGGUAGAUGUGUAGUCUGAGGCUCACUGAGGAUUUGGGAUACCUGUUAUCCCCUUGGUAGUCAUAGGUGUAGGAGUAUCCAAGGAGGUCUGGGCUGGGUGGUGUGCCUAGGGCCCCAAACAGGGCCUCUGUCUGGAUAGGAGUUGUUUAUGGUCCAGGCCAGGGGAUUUAGUGGUGGGGUCACCAAUUGGCUAGAAAUAUGGAGUCCAGCCUGGUGAGUCCUCUAUCCCACCAGUUGUAAGAUUUGGCCGCCGUGUGCUAUAUACAGUGACCACAGACCUAUUGCUCUCUCACUCCCAUCUUCCCAGCAGCGCCAGGCUGAUUUCUGGAACCUCAUAGCUCCUACAAAGACAAGAGACUUGCUGGACCUGCUCCCAGACCUUUAGAUGCAGGUCUUAUGUGCCAGGCUUCUUAGUUCCUUACAGACUUCUGAGCCACUACCCUGCCCCCCCCCCCAAGUCAUCCUUUUCUCCUGUGGUCUGGUACACCCUGGCCUCAGCCACAUCUUACCUUCCCUCAGAAGGGCCUCCUUGAAUGUGCCUUGAGUAGUUAACAGCCUCAGGCUACAAAGCUGUGAAAUGCAAACAUCUGACUGAUAUGUCUUGGAAGCCGAUGGGAUUCAGGAGCAAAGGCAUCUUCAAAACACCAAGUGGGUACUCAGCAAGUCAUGCAACCUUUCCUGCAUCUUGGAUGGAAGCUCCUGGAGCUCUUAUGACCCCUUGAGUUGGGCUUGAUGUCCUAAGCCAUCUCCCCAUCAGUCUCCUCCCCACUUCAUUGAACUUCACGCUUGUGUGCUUGGCUCCUCCAAUCCCUCACUUCCUCUAUUCUCAAGUCCACCCCUCCCAAUACCUAAGACUUGUCAGUGGCCACACCCUAGUCUUAUGGGAACAGUAACAAUGAUUACCUGCCUUCCCUGGUGUCUUGGGCAUCACAUUACCAUCUAAACUUCUGUGGUCAUGUUAAGCCUUGUCUUGUCAGGCUAGUCCAUUUCUUUAAUCCUGAACAGGCUGAGUGUAUAAGUGCCCUUGAGCCCUCUGGGUCAAGAUGGUGGACUGGACAUAGCAUUUCAUUUGGUUCCAAAAGCCACGGAAGCGACAGAGAUGAGAGUGUUUAAAAAUAUGAACCCACAAGUAUGAGGAUGGUGAAACAGCAACAGCAAUGGCAUUCUGGAAUUAGAAGUAGAUGCAGAUGUGGGAUAUGAUUUAGAGAAAGUCAGAUACUGACUUGGCACUGUGUAAGUAGACAGAGGUCCCACCAGGCUUAUACUGCAUAAAUCCAGAAGGCUUGCAAACCAGCAGCUCCUGGGAGGAGAGAUCUAAAAGAUGACUGAGGUAGAGCUAUUAAAGCUGUUAGAGCAACAGCUUUCUCCAUAUAGUGGAUGAUGGAAGACUCAUUUGUGGGGAAUCCGUACAGUUUCAGAGAAAUAAUCUAAGUCCUCCAUAAAACAGCUCUGACUGACGGCAUUUAUGAGGAGACAGGCCCCAGCCAUGCAGAUACUCAAGCGUUUCCAAUCAGCAGGUAAAACCACUGCUCUUCAUGAAGUGCUGGCUGCUAGGGAUUACAAGAAAUCAAAACAGGCAUAUGCAGUUUGGGAUGGUUCAGCUACUUGGUUUCUGGAAGCAAAGCACCCCUUUGCCACAGUGAUUCUUGCAUACUGAGGUAAACUGAAGGUCACUCUUACUAGGUCUGGUACCCAAUGUAAAAGGUUAGUGGCGUCCCAUAAGCUGGACAAAAACUUUCAUCCCUUACUUUGCAGUACUGACAUCUGAAGUGAUGUCCGAGACUCUGAGGGUAUUGAUCAUGGGACAUUUUCCUCAUGUGUAAAUGAGUGCCCACCCUGGUCCUUGUUCUCGAUGUCCAGAGGUCGAAUGAAGGACUCCAGCUCCAUCCUCACUGGAAUCACUCUCGGGUUUGUCCACAGAUCAGGCUGGCCUUGCGGGCUGGACCCCGCUUCCUCCUAGGACCACCUGGAAGGAGUCUCCGCCGAACUACACUACACUGGUAGUCACUUCCGGCCUCCCUGGAGGACUGGGCGACGCUCUGUCCGUUGCCUUGGAAACAGGGAGGCGGGUGGGCGUCCUCUACCGGUUAGCAAGAAGACUGCUCCACAACUAGAACGAAGCCUCUAAGACGAGCGCUGGGGAGGGGCCUAGGUGGGGUGCUAGCUCUGAAUGGCCGUAAGGUCACGCUCCUCCCCAUUCACCGCACUUGCCAAUAGGCUCCGGGUCGACUGCACAUGCGCAGGAUCCUAACAUACCGUCCAUCACGGCCGUUGGUGAGUCUAGGGUUCCUUCCAUAUAAAGGAAGAGUGGUCGCCAAUGAGGGGAGGGAGCCCCCAAACUGCGACUCUUCAGAUUCCUCUAAGAGGAAGAGAGCUCUUCUCGGUCGUGCGAGACCUUUGGAGAUGAGCAUCUGCCGGCGGAGGCCGCAUCCGUCCUUGCUUGCUGAGUCUCACGGGAAACGUAGUCCUAAGGGAGGGGGCGGGUCCUGCUGAGCAGGCGCGUCCUUGGCCAGGGUGGAGUCGCCGCGGCACCGCGCGGAGGGGCGGGCGGGGCAGGACCCCUUACCGGAAGUGGUCUUCUAGCACCCGCGGUGAGGUUGAGGUCCCUCUUGUUGGCUAGAGGAAGACACCCAGUACAAUGCCAUCCCCACUGGGCCGCCCACGCCUGCCCUCUGUGGAUCCUGUGGCCAUCCUGGAGGAGCCUGAGGCAGCACGCCUGCGCUUCCGGGGAUUCUGCUACCAGGAGGUGGCAGGUCCCCGUGAGGCCCUGGCCCGGCUUCGAGAGCUGUGCCACCAGUGGCUGCGACCGGAGGCAUGCUCCAAGGAGCAGAUGCUGGAGCUGCUGGUGCUGGAGCAGUUUCUGGGCACACUGCCUCCUGAGAUUCAGGCCUGGGUGCGGGGCCAGCGGCCAGGCAGCCCUGAGGAGGCUGUAGCCCUGGUUGAGGGCCUGCAGCAUGACCCUGGGCAGCUGCUGGGCUGGAUCACAGCCCAUGUCCUGAAGCAAGUGGUGCUCCCAACAGCACAGAAGACAGAGGAGUCCUUGGGGAGAUCCCACCCCUUAGGGACAGUGGAGCUCCUCAGUGCCACCUCUGGGGAGGGAUCACAGGACACUCAGAUGGAGCGGUCUGCCCAGCUUAGCUGCAGUGUGAAGGAGGAGCCAGAUGCUGAUGGGCAGGAGAUGGCACCUUCCAGCCCCCAAAAUCCAGCCCAGUCCCGAGAGGGACACCCUGGACACAGGGAACCAACUUCCACAUCCUUCCACCCACCCAGGAUUCAGCAAAGCGCACGUGAUGGAAUUUUGGGAGACAAAGAGAGCAGACACCAGGGACAGGGAGUGCAUCUCCUGGUAAAGCCCACCCUCGGCAACAGGCAGGAGCCAGCCCACCACCCCAUUAACACACAUCAUCUGAGCCCUGAGAUGGCUGUACCUCCUAAUGAGGAGUGGGGGCUACUGGACCCGUCACAGAAGGAAUUGUACUGGGAUGCAAUGCUGGAGAAAUACGGCACGGUGGUCUCCCUGGCAGGAAUACCAGCCCCCCAGCCAGAGGCACAGGCUGAGUUGGAGCCAGGGGCAUUGCGUACAAGGAGUCUAAGAAGCCUCCACCUGGGAGAUGAGAAUGAGAGCCACUGUGAGGGUCCAUCCCGCUGCCCAGAGGACCAGCCACCCCGGGGCUUGGGGUCUGUUACUUGGGAGGGCCCGUCUGUGGCCUCUAUGUCUGCCAGGGCAGUGCUGGGAGCAGGGCUGGAGCCUGGCGCCCCUCGGAGGAAGCCUUAUACCUGUGAGCUGUGCGGCCGAGGCUUCGACUGGAAAUCGGUGUUUGUCAUCCACCAUCGGACACAUGCAGAUGGGCAGGGUACACAGGCACCAGCGCUGGCUGUGGGUGGUGCUCAGAAGCUGCCACAGGGUUCCCGGGAGCCAGGCACACCACGUCACCCCCGACGCGUGCUCCCAUGCCCCCGGAGUUAUGCAUGUGAGGAGUGUGGGUGCAGCUUCAGCUGGAAGUCGCAGCUGGUCAUCCACCGCAAGAGCCAUGCAGGCCAGCGGCGCCACUUCUGUGGAGACUGUGGCCGUGGCUUUGAUUGGAAGUCCCAGCUGGUCAUCCACAGGAAGAGCCACCAGCCCGAAGCCCCAUGAGUGUCUUGAGAAGGCAGCCUCAUCUUGGGGGCCUUGGAGCCUCCAGGGCUUGACACAGUUCCUGGUACUCUGGUUCCAGCCUUCCCAGGGCUGCUGAGCCUCUGUCUGGACACUUGUAGGCAGCAGAGGACAUUCGUGAAUCAGAGCUCCCACGAGGCUCCCCUGCCCGUAUUUCAGUCUCCCAAAACAGCCACCUGGGUAUAAAUAAAAGAAGCUGUCCCUCCCCCAACCGCCUGGUGAGGCUUGGGUUGGAAUCCACUGCCUAAGUCUGGUGAUUUCCAAAUUUUGAGAUCCCCAACUAUGACCUUAUGAUAUAUAGGCAGACAGGACCUAAGGACUGUCCCUACCCCUGGGAUUUUGUUGGCCCCAGGUGGAUGCUCAGAAACUGCUCCUUUUCACUCCUGAAGCUGUUGGGCCUGCAUCUUGGUGUGGAAGGUACAAAAAGCUCAGGAGAGCAUGCCUUGCUUCUGUUUGCAGGCAGAUGGAAAACUAAUGACUCUCCACAUUUGGAUUUUUAAGAAAUUCCACUUUUAUAAUGGGAAGUUUCUGCCUAAGAAUCCUGAUCUCUGCUUUCUACUGGUCAGAGUAUCAGCAGUGCCACUCCUCCUGCCUGGCAGCUGGAGCCACAGAGCAGCCAUACCCACAGAAAGGGCCAGCAGUCCUGUUCUACUGGCCCACUUUGUUUCUUGACCACACAUGUCACUCCCUGGUUUCCUUGUCCUUUAAGCUCUUGAAUCCUAGCUUGAGUGGACACUACAGGGACUUCCUUUGCAAGUUUGGAUGGACAAGGAGGGUGGCGUCUGAGAAAAGGGUCUAUAAACAGAUGUCUCUUUGGCCAUGUGAUUUAAAAGUAGCUUGUGUUCAUUUAGACAAAUCUGAAAUGUACAAGAGAGUAAAGAUAAGGUAAAUGACCCCUAGUUCUGUCUAUGGCAGUACCUAUUCCAGGUGUUCACAUGCAGAAGUGUUUUAUAAAUCUUAUGGAGCUACUGUAUAUAUCGUGCUCUUCUCACUCCCUCAUUUCCCUGUUAUUAAAAACAUAUUUUAA